UAAUGCUUCUCAAAUAAUAUAUAGGGGAUACGCGGGGCAGAGGAUAACUAUUUGAUCGGAAUCAGAUGGCGGAGGAAACUCUGUCUGUCGUCGUCGAUGACCUCCGUCUCCUAUCGGAAUCUCUCCCCUUCCUCACUACGAUUCUCUUUCGUUUCUGCACAUUGCACAAUCUCCUACCCGAUCUCUCUGUCUCUCUCGGGAGCUAUUUUUUUUUUUUUAUUUUUUUUUUUGAUAAUCCAGGGGUUCCCAGGUCAUUCCCGCAUGGUGUCCAGAAGAGUCAGGGUAGUUUCCGCAUGGUGGGAAUCGAACCCGGACGGUGAUUGCCACCACAGGCCCGUCCUGCCACUUGGACUACCUCGUACGGACAGCUACUUUUUAUAUGCUUCUGCCUUUCGAUUUAACUUAAUAGGUUUUGCAAAAUCUAGUAUCCAUGUCUGUGUGCGUAUAUGUUUCGUGACGUUUGCUGAAUUCUCCGUUAUGAAUUGGUUUAUUAAAACCAGAAGAACAUGAAUGUUGAAGGUUGAAGCUUGUUGCUAGUAUUUUUGUAGUCUUGAACGUGGAAGAAAGAUUUGCUAAACUGCUUAACAUCAAAGCCUCUUCUAGUUUUUCAUUCUCUCUCACCGGCAUGGAAAUAUACUAAAUUGUAGAAGGAAAAACGUCUCUUUGACAUGGUUUCUAAGAUAACUCAGUGUGCUGUGUAUUGCUGUUAGUAAGUACAUGUAGUUAGGUUAUGUGUGCAUGUCAGAUAUUGGAAUGUGUACCCAAAUUUAUUUGAGGAUUAGAGUCAUUAGACUUGUAGUAAGUGUUUUAAGUGGAAAGUACAUUGCAGACCAGCUUUAACAUUUUUUUUUUUUUGUUUAAAUUGAUCAUUACAGGAAUUCCGGUUCAGGAUACAUGUGAUUUUAUAAACGUCGGUUGGUUCUUUGUGCGCUAAAUUUAUUUUACUUAUUUAUGUUGUGUAUUAGCUUUGCUAAUACUAUAUAGGCUGUCAACAAAUCUAGAAUGGAGAAGGGACUAUCCCUUGGCGUUGAGGAAACAGCAAAUUAUCAGUCAUGUAUACUGUUGCGGUAUACUGAAAAAAAGAAUAAAGAUUUCUUCUGUUUUUAUAAAAGCAAAUUGAAUUAUUUGAUAGUUCCAGCUUGCAACAUAUUAUAGAAGAUCUUCAAAGAGAGAAUGUUGCGGUAUCCCGCAAAAUAUAUAAAACGUCCUCUGCUGGCUUCUUUUACCAUCUUCAAUUCUAAUUCUUAGUAUAUAACAUAUUGUUAUAGAGAUCUCAAACUCAGGUUUUAUGGCAACACGUUUCAAAACCCUGCGUCUAAGUUUCAAGGUUUCAAAGUCAUGGCUGAUUCAGGAGUCCCUUCAGAUUGUUGACUUUUGAUCUCCAUCAUCUACUAGUUCAGAGCCGUGUAGUUCAGAGAGGGGAUCUACAAAUCCUGUGAGUAAAAAUAGAAAGGUUCACUGAUUAUGGUUAGUAGAUAGAUGUGUACGGUUUAAGUGGCAUCUUCAGGUAUCUCUCUGUGAGUGACAUCUAUAGAAGGAGCGGCAACAAGUGAAAUGGUUCAGGAUGCGUUGAGAACCUCCGGAAGUGGUGGAGGACUUCCGAAAACGGCUGUAUCUAAUGGCGGAGGGAGAGGCCGUGGCUUGUUGUUACGCGGCUGGCAGGUCCAGAAUACCUCAAUGAACAUCAAAAUCAUGAUUCUCUGCGGCUUCGUGACCAUUCUCGUUUUACUUGGCACAGUCAGUUUUGGUAACCUUGGAAGCUCCAACGCUGACGACGCUGUUAAUCAAAAUCUCAUCAAGGAAACCAAACCGAUUCUUGCCAAGAGCCCAUCUGCUUCGGUUCCGAACGACUUGGACUUGGAGGAGCCGCCGAAAGCUGAGGUUAAUCCCAACGUGACGUACACUCUAGGGCCCAGGAUCACCAACUGGGACAGUCAACGCAAGGUAUGGCUAAAUCAGAACCCUGGGUUUCCUAGUAUAGUCAACGGCAAAGCUAGAAUCUUGCUUCUUACCGGGUCUCCCCCUGGACCCUGUGACAAACCCAUUGGAGACUAUUAUCUAUUGAAAUCAGUGAAAAACAAGAUUGAUUACUGUAGGAUUCACGGGAUAGAGAUUGUGUACAACAUGGCACAUCUAGAUGAGGAACUCUCAGGGUAUUGGACGAAAUUACCUAUGAUUAGGAGAUUAAUGCUGUCUCAUCCAGAAGUAGAAUGGAUUUGGUGGAUGGAUAGUGAUGCUUUGUUCACUGAUAUACUGUUUGAGAUCCCCUUGUCUCGGUACGAGAAGCAUAAUCUAGUGAUACACGGGUAUCCAGACUUGUUGUUCAACCAAAAGUCAUGGGUUGCGUUGAACACAGGUGUUUUUCUGUUGAGGAAUUGUCAGUGGUCAUUGGAUUUGUUAGAUGCUUGGGCUCCAAUGGGACCAAAAGGGCCAAUCCGCGACGAAGCUGGGAAGGUACUGACAGCUUAUCUGAAGGGUCGGCCAGCUUUUGAGGCAGAUGAUCAGUCAGCGUUGAUUUAUCUCCUCAUUUCACAGAAGGAGAAGUGGAUGGACAAGGUUUACGUUGAGAACCAAUACUAUUUGCACGGGUUUUGGGAGGGUUUGGUUGAUAAGUAUGAAGAGAUGAUGGAGAAGUAUCAUCCGGGAUUGGGUGAUGAGAGAUGGCCUUUUGUGACGCAUUUCGUGGGUUGCAAACCGUGUGGCAGCUACGCUGAUUACGCAGAGGAGAGGUGCUUCAAGGGCAUGGAGAGGGCUUUUAAUUUCGCAGAUAACCAAGUGCUGGAGCUGUAUGGGUUUAGCCACAGGGGACUGUUGAGCCCCAAGGUUAAGAGGAUCAGAAACGAGACGGUUUCUCCUUUGGAGUAUGUAGACAAGUUUGAUAUCCGGAGAACGCAUGCGGAAGCAAAACCAUGAAGUGAAUCAUACACAGCUUGACGAAACUUGAGUUAAUGUUAUAGGUAACAAAGAACACUCACAUAAUCAAAUGCAAUAUUUUUGUCGUUUUAGCAUGUACUUGUUUCUUGUGCUUUAUUGCAUGUUGUUUUCCAGCUCUGCUAAUUUUUUUUUUUCCAUAGAUAAUUUUGUCUUUUUCAGUCAAUAUAUGGAGAAAUUUGAUAUUGCAAUUCUGCUUGUUACUCCACUUUUAUUGCAAUGUAUCUUCUUCCUUUUGCAGUUUAUUUUGGCAGUCA